UUCCACUUCCUCUGCCAUUUUCAAUGCAAAAUGUUCUCUGACUUUUUCUCUUUCUUCGUGAAAACAUUCUUAAACAUUUUGAACCUCUCCCUGUCUCUUCAUGAUUCACGCAAUGGAGCAAAGCGCCAAACUCUCCCUGUUCCCCGUUCUUCACCUCAAAAGAUCCAUGCUUUCUGUACUCUUCUCCCUACCCACUUCAUUCUUCGCCUUCCUCCUUCUCCUCCUCCUUUCCUACAACGCUUUCACCAUGUUCUCUCUCCAUCUGAACUCUCCUCCCCUUCGCUCUCCUCCAAAGCUCCUCAAUCUCUCUUCUUCCGCCAAUUCACCUCUCUUCAACAACCCCCAUUCGCCUCUUCUUCCAAACUCUACCCAAAGCCUUUCCCUUUCCAUUCAAAGGCCCAAAAGAGUGAAGAAGCACAAGCGUGGCCUUAGAAGUUUGCGCUCAGAACCUCGCUCCCCCGUUUCACUUUUUCAUUCUAGACUCAAAGCAUUCUUCAACACUUCUUGCCGGAUGAGGUUCUUCAUGACUUGGAUUUCUCCCUUGAAAUCUUUUGGUGAGAGGGAGUUGUUCUCUAUAGAGAGCUUGUUCAAGUCUCACCCUGAUGCUUGUUUGGUCAUAGUGUCAAAGUCCCUUGAUUCUCACACUGGAUCGUCAAUUCUGAAACCGUUUGUGAGUAAUGGCUUCAGGGUCAUGGCCAUUGCUCCAGAUUUUGGCUACAUAUUCAAGGACACACAUGCUGAAUUAUGGUUUAACCGUUUGAAGGAAGGGAAUGUGAAUCCUGGUGAGGUCUCUUUGGGACAAAACCUCUCCAAUUUGCUUAGACUUGUUCUGUUGUACAAGUUUGGAGGCACUUACAUUGACUUGGAUGUCAUAGUCUUGAAGAGUUUCUCCAAGCUGAGAAACACCAUUGGAGCACAGAACUUCGAUGUCAGAACCCGCAAGUGGAGCCGCUUGAACAAUGCAGUCUUGAUAUUCGACAAGAAGCACCCUUUGCUUUUCAAGUUCAUCCAGGAGUUUGCACUCACCUUUGAUGGGAACAAGUGGGGUCAUAAUGGUCCUUACCUGAUCUCAAGGGUAGUGUCUAGGCUGAAUGGGAGACCGGGUUUCAAUUUCACUGUGCUCCCUCCUUCUGCGUUUUAUCCUGUGGAUUGGAGAGGGAUUAGAGGUUUGUUUAGAGAUGGGAUUCGUUCCAAAUGGUUGGUCAAUAAAAUGGAACAAAUCCGCAAAGAAAGCUUUGCAGUGCACUUGUGGAACAAGCAUAGUAGGGAACUUAAAGUAGUUAAGGGAAGCUUUGUGGAUAGUAUAAUUUCUAGUUGUUGUAUCUUCUGCAACACUUAGCUUUGAAGUUUGUAGUUUUUAAUUUUGUUAUUAAAGAUUGUAAUUAGUGAAUUAGAAUAAUAGGUCUUAAAUUAAAGAAGUUAUAAGCAACGUUUGUGUUGCAAGUGGCUACGGGAGCAGUUGUGUAUCUGCUAUAUAUAUAAAAAAGAAGAAGAAUAUAUUUGAUGGCUAGAUUGAAAGAGUAUAAUAGACUAUAAGGGGUUUGGAA